CGGUGAUGAUAGUUUUCGCUUUCCUGGUCUUCCUGGCGGGCUGCAGUGCCGCGCCAAUACGCGUGUUCGAGGUGGAAUACAUAGAUGUCGGCGAGAGACUUGGCGGCUUCGACAAAAAAAUGAACUCGCUGGACAAGACACUCAAGGAGGGCUACGUAAUCGUGAAGGAUGGGGAGCUGAAGCUGGUCUCGGAGAAUUGGCGACUGUGCUACUCAGUGACGCCGCCAGGCGACCUGCGGGCUGAAACGUGAGAAAAAUGCACGUGCAGAGCCAUAGCGCUUGAUGGUAUGCUGUGGUGCAGCGAGAGCGGGUUCAACGAGGUGUUUGGUGACUCUGGAUACACCAUAUUGUCGGUCGGGCGGGAACUGUUGGAGAAACCAACCCAAAAACAGGUGUGUGAGGGGAAGGGAUGCGCUGCUUCAUGGCAUCGCUCUGGCGCCCGUUUGACCCAGGUGGUCGCACCCAUGCUUAUGCUGGAGGCUGAGGCCCACCGCGACAAGCUGCGUGUGAAGAAGACCAUCGAGAAGGCACGCGGGAAGACCAUCGGCAAGAAGGGCAAGAAGGCCAUCGGCAAAAAGAGCGGAGGCAAGAAGGGGGGCGGCGGCCUGGCACCUGCCGAUGAUGUCGAUGAGGAGGGAGAGCCAAGCGACAAGACGGCCAGCUGGGCGAAGAUACAGGCAGCCAUGCAGAGUGAGGAGCUGAAGGACCUGAUGACGCCAAGCGCAGUAGAAAUGCUCAGGGAGAACGUGGAGAAAGAGAAGGAGCUCACGGCCAAGCUAUCGCCGCCGCCCGGCAAUGUUUGGGCUGGGCAGAUGAGCCACAGGGCGAUUCAGAUGAUACGGAUGAUCCCCCUGCCUGAGGGGGUGAGGGAGGAAGACCAGCUGCCUGAGGUCAAAAAGUACCUUGAGGAGAACCCUGAGUGGGCGAGGUAUGUAGACAAGCUGUGGGCAGAGGUCCCGCCUUUCUCUUAG